AUGGACGGUGAUAUUAGCGAAAUCACUGGUGGAUCUACCGCAAUUGCACGAAUCACUUCUGGUACACUUCGCAAUGAAGAUUUUCGUCAACUUCUUUCGCGGAAAGCAGCUCAGUCUUCAACAACAUCUUCAGCUACAACAACAUCAAUUACACCUUCAUCAAAUGCAUCGCAAAAUCAAGCCACUCAUUCAUUCAGUCAUAGGCAAACGAAUGAAUCAAAGCGAAACCAAAAUAGUGUAAUGAAAGGAAAGAAGCAAAAGGAGCGAGAUGAACAGGAUGAAGACGACUUUUUUGGUCCAUCAAAUUUAACCGAAAUUCUAAAAAACUAUCGAGAUAGAGCUGAAGAACGUCGAAAAGGAAUUGGAAAGGAAGAUUCAGAUGAUCUUCAGGCAAAUAACGCAUAUAGAGCUGUUCCGAGUGAUAUUCGAGCUACUGCUGAUGCAGCGCAACGCCGAAAACAAGCAAUUCAGGAAAGUAAAUAUCUUGGUGGUGAUAUGGAGCAUACUCACUUGGUAAAGGGACUUGAUUAUUCUCUUCUUCACAAAGUCCGUUCUGAAAUAGCUAUGCGCGAGCAAAAGAAUGAAGAAAUGCUUGAAAGUCAAUACAGUAAGGACAACAUGGAAGAAAUUCGGUCAGAUAAUCCGAUGGUUCGUAGCAUUUAUCGAAUUUUAUUUCAAAAUGAAUUACCUUAUAGGAACGAGCUAUUCAGAAAAGGUCGAAUGGCUUAUGUAAUCGAUUUAGAAGAGGAGGAAAAUGAUUUGCCAACAACCCGCUUACGCUCCAUCCAUGAUUGUCCUGCUGCUGAAAGUAGUAAUGAUAUCAAUACGAGCAAUCUGCUUAUACAGAAGCUCACGCAAGUUUUAUCCUAUUUACGCACCGAUUCACAGAAAAAGAAAAAAAAACUCGAAAUGGAAGAACGGAAUAAGUUGGCAUCUGAACCCAUAUUUGAUUCGAAUAUAUCCAAAACCACUUCUGAUCGUGAUCGUCGGCGGGAGAGAGAUAAUUAUCGAGAAAGAGAUAGAGAUCGUCGACGGCUAAAACCUUCGUCAUAUUUCGAAGAUAAUGGACGUGAUGAUAGGGAUAAGGAACGCGAGAAAUUGAAGGAUCGAGAAAGACAUCGUGAUCAUGAUAAAAGUAAUCGAGAUCGAGAAAGGGAUCGACGUAAUAAAGAAGAAGAUAAAAGAGAUUACGAAAAGCGUCGCGAAGAAAUCGUAAAAUAUGCUGAAAACGUGCCACCAUCCCAGAAAAAAAAGAAAUCAGCAAUCGAGACUGAAGGUUAUGCUGAAUGCUAUCCAGGUGGCAUUGAAAUGUAUGAAGCAGCAGAUAUGCGAGGUAAUCGGAGGGGCCCAAUAAAGAGAUGGGAUUUCGAUGAUCAUGAUGAAUAUGAAAAAUAUAUGGAAUCGAAGGAGGCCAUGCCAAAAGCUGCGUACCAAUUUGGAGUAAAAACUAAUGAUGGACGAAAAACCAGAAAAAGUGGUGCAGAUAAAGAAAAGCACAAACUUGAUCGAGAAUAUUCACAAAUAACUAAAAUUCUGGAAAAAAGGAAAAUAGAAGGACAGAAAUCGUAA